GUCUUGGUCGCGCCACCAGGGCGAUGGGACUCCGGUCGUUUUCGCUGCUCUGCGCUGCCACGCUGCUCCGUGCCGACGGGCUGCAGGUCCUCACCCAAGCGAACGGCACGCUGGGGCGCAGCUGCACGUACACUCCCAGGAGCGGGGACUUCGCCGGCACGAGCGACGGCUGCGUCACUGGAGGCGCGUACACGCCCUUCUUCGCGGUGGCGGAUUACGGCGACCAGGGGGCGACCGAGUUCCACGCAGGCUGGGAGAAGGUUGGGUGCCUCCAGUUCUCCCUGGUCAGCGCGGCCACGGUCGAGAUUCGGUACGGCCGCGAGGCCGCCUGGAGCAGCACGUGCCCGGUGCACGUCUACUCGGACUUCGCCCGGAGCUCUGACACCGCGGUGUCCGGCACCAUCAUCGACAGCGUCGACGCGUCCACGCCGGGCGAGUUCCUGAAGACGUUCACGUCUUCGACGCUGCCAGCCGGCACGACCGUGGCGGUGUGCGAGGGGCCAGACGGCAGCAUCUGCGGGGCCCACGUGGACUAUGUACAUCACCAUCUCGGCUGGCUCGCCGCCCCCACCGGGGGGGGCCUCCGCCGUUGGCGACCCCCACCUGCAGAACGUCCACGGCGAGAGGUUCGACCUGAUGAAGGAGGGCAAGCACGUCCUGGUACGCAUCCCUCGCGGGGAGGGCGCCGAGCAGGCCCUGCUUCGCGUGCAGGCCGACGCGCGCCGCCUGGGCGGGCAGUGCGCGGACAUGUAUUUCCAAGAGGUGAACGUCACGGGGUCCUGGGCAGAGGCGCGGCAGGCGGGUGGGUACCACUACAGCGUGUCGCAGAGCGCCGCGGAGACCCCGCAGUGGGUUGCGUUUGGCCAUCCACUGUUGCGUUCACAGGUUGA